AUGGAUUUUCUCGAGCAAGAGAAUCGGGCGCUCCGUGAAGAAGUGGCAGCCAUGCAAACUAAGAUGGACGAAAUGGUUGAAAUGAUGAAGACGAUGGCCGAUAUGCGGACCCAAGAGCAAGCUCAAGCUCAAGCUCAGGCUCAGGCUCAUGCUCUGGCACAAGCUCAAGCACAAAUUCAUGCACAAACACAAGCUCCUCCACCUCCCACCAAUACUCAGGCUGAAGCAUCUUCCUCUGCCAUCCCUGAAUGGACAAUAUGUGCUGACACUCCGACACACUCUGCUCCACAGCUCUCCGUGCCUUGGUUCCCGCCUUUUACUGCUGGUGAAAUACUCCGUCCCAUUGCUUGUGAAGCUCAGAUGCCUACUCAUCAGGUGACUCAUGUCCCUCCGCCUUCUGUAAGAGCUCCCCCAGUUGUCAUGACUUACUCAGCACCUAUGAUUCACACUGCUCCACAAAAUGAAGAACCCAUCUUCCAUUCAAGGAGUAUGAAGGCCUAUGGUCAAGUGGAGGAUUUACAAGAGAAGUAUGACGAGAUGUACCGUGAGAUGAAAACUCUCCGCGGAAAAGAAAGAUUUGGAAAAACUGCUUAUGACCUCUGUUUGGUGUCAAACGUCCAGAUACCCCAUAAGUUCAAGGUCCCAGAUUUUGAGAAGUAUAAAGGGAACUCCUGCCCUGAGGAACAUCUGACAAUGUAUGCAAGAAGGAUGUCCGCGUAUGCUAAGGACGAUCAGGUCCUUAUUUAUUACUUCCAAGAGAGCUUGGCUAGUCCCGCCUCAAAGUGGUACAUGAAUCUGGACAAAACAAAGAUCCAAACUUUCCAUGAUCUAUGUGAAGCUUUUGUGGAACAAUACAAUUACAAUGUAGAUAUGGCUCCAGACCGAAGUGAUCUUCAAGCCAUGACUCAGGGGGUCAAAGAAACAUUCAAAGAGUAUGCUCAGCGGUGGAGGGAUGUUGCGGCCCAAGUCAGCCCACGUAUAGAAGAGAAGGAAAUGACCAAACUCUUCUUAAAAACUCUCAGUCAGUUCUACUAUGAGAAGAUGGUCGGAAGUACGCCCAAGAACUUUGCUGAAAUGGUUGGCAUGGGUGUGCAGUUGGAAGAAGGAGUCCGAGAAGGACGUUUAGUAAAAGAUGGAGCUUCUACCAGUGGAACCAAGAGAUAUGGCACCCACAUCCCGAGAAAGAAAGAACAUGAGGUUAGUAUGGUGGCCCAAGGAAGGCCUCAGCAAACUUAUCCAACCUAUCAACACAUUGCUGCCAUCACACCUGCUGCCAAUAUUAUUCAUCCCCCAAAUAGCCAGCCUCAAUUCCCACAAUAUCCUCAACACCCUCAACAAUAUCCCCAACAACCAUACCAGCAACGGCCAUACCAACAACAACCAUAUCAACAAAAUCCCCCACAUCCCUAUCAACAACAGCAACCUCGACCAAAAAGAAUGCAAUUUGACCCAAUCCCCGUCACCUAUGCAGAGUUACUUCCAGGGUUACUCAGAAAUAACUCGGUUCAAACCAGGCCUCCUCCUCCAGUACCAGAAAGACUGCCAGCAUGGUCCAGACCUGAUCAGACUUGUGAUUUCCAUCAAGGGGCCCCAGGUCAUAAUAUUGAAAGUUGUUAUGCCUUUAAGUAUGCAGUCCAGAGGCUAAUCAAAGAAAAGAAGAUAACCUUCACAGACUCAGCGCCAAAUAUUCAAACCAAUCCAUUGCCAAACCAUGGUGCUGCAACUGUCAACAUGGUCGAAGAUUGCCAAGAGACUCACCAUAUUCUCGACGUUCAACAAAUCCGAACACCUUUGGUCCCAUUACAUGCCAAGUUAUGCAAAGUGAACCUCUUUAAACAUGAUCAUGAUGGCUGCAACGAGUGCCUUCUGAACCCCUGGGGUUGUCAGAAAGUGAAAGAUGAUAUUCAAGGACUUUUGAACCAAGGAGAACUGGUCGUUGAAAGAAAAUGUGAUGAUAUAUGUGUUAUAACUCCUGAAGAGCCUUUGGAGAUAUUUUACGACAGUCGGAAGUCAGUUGCUGCUCCUUUAGUGAUUUGCUUGCCUGGUCCAAUACCUUAUACUUCUGAGAAGGCAAUUCCUUACAAGUACAAUGCCACUAUGAUAGAAGGUGGUCGUGAAGUUCCAAUACCACCUUUUCCUUCUGUGGGAAAUAUUGCCGAAGAUAGUAGAAUACUGAGGAAUGGGCGUGUUAUCCCUCUAGUGUCUCCAAAGAAAGUUGACGCUCCGGUGACUGAAGAAACUCGAACUAAAGAUUCCGGUGCAAUCAAAGAUGUGGGCCAGACUAGUGGGACCAAGUCAUGUUCUGAUUUUGAUGAGAUUCUCAAGCUGAUAAAGAAAAGUUAG